AUGCCCAAGCAUGUCAAGUCCAAGUCCAUCACGUCCAUGGUCGGCAUCAACCGGCCAUGGACACUUGCGGCUCUUUACCCGGCCCUCAUGUUCUGUGGGGGUUCGUACCUCUGGCCGACCAAGCCCACGGCCUGCUUCGUCACCGUCAUAUUCGCCUGGAUCGGAUUCCUUGUGUGGGACUAUCGUUGCAAGAACAAGUCCGCAUCGUCCCUCAAGGCUCUUGGCAUGAUCUGCCACACCAUCCCGGCACUGUACCUUUACGGUACUUGCUACUUCGCAGAACAUGCCGCCAAUGCCGCUGAUAUCUGGUUGAUCUCCGUCUUGGUCUUCCAGUGCUGCCGUACUAUCACCCAUAUCUUCGCAGUGCCAGACCUCACCAAGCUGGUGAAGACGGCGGCUUGGUGGUGGGCUCACCCGAUGGGUUUCCUGUUGCACUUCGUCUUCCCGAUAUACCCUGCCUUUACGUAUCGCCAUUCCAUUAUGAAGAUCCACAUGGCUUUCACGUGUUUGGAUAUGCAGUGGUCUGGUCGUAAGCUGCCACCGCCGGAGAAGAAGGUGGAGUAG